AUGGCUGAAAAUCAUCUUCCCCAAGGAGAUGACUUACCUCAGCAAGUAAAUACUGGCUUUGGAUCACUUUUCCUGCGUCGUGGGAAAACAGUUACUUUCGCCUCAGUUACCAUGUUGGUGAUUGCCAUUAUAAUCACCGGCGCCGUGCUAUUCUUCACGGUGAAAGAGAAAGAGAAAGAAGUCCAUUCCCAGUUGAUUACAAUAGCCCUGCAUACCUCGAGUGUCAUUCUCGCAGAAAUGAUACGCAGAUUUUUCUUAUUGUGUGAGGAGUUCCAACACAAAGACACGAGAUAUGGCGGAAAGUGGAAGAAAAUUUUUGAGGCAACUUUCUCUACCGAUUAUUUCAAGCGUAGUUUAGCCGCUGCUAUCCUUAUCAUUACCAUUUGCAUAGUUUGCGGCUAUCUGUUGAAUGUACGAUACGAAAUAUUGCCUCGCCCAGAUUUCGUCAUUUUUUUUUUCCUGAACUCUCUCGUGGUUGAUCAGUUGUCGCACAUUUGCGGUCUUCGAGAGCUCGCUCCAGCAGAAACAUCGGAUUUGAUUCAAAAGGGAAACAAGAGUGUGGCAUAUGGGCUGGCUUGGGGCUACUACUUUAAUUAUCUGAAGCUGAUGCUGCCAGUACUGAAAGAACAGAUUGCCAAAUCGGAGCAAUUUCGAGAUCAGAUAAGUGUGACGCUUUUCAUUUUGGUGCCCAGAACGUGCUGCAUCUAUGGUAAGAUCGCUUCUUUUGAUUCAAGGGUAAAAUUUGUCGUCGAUCUGCCAGAGAUGACAAGAAAUAGUGGUGGAAUUGAGGACAGAAGUUACAAGAAUGCAGUUCAUAUGGUAGAGAAGCUCCAACCAGAUGGAACAGUGGAAAAAUACUUCUUUCUCGUAGAGUAUGCCACGGCUCUAGAGACCCUCUACAAAAUGUCUAGGAAUGGAGAUGACUCCUUAACGAAUGAUGAGCGGGAUCAUCAGGUGAGCUAGUUUCUAGUAUUUUCCCUUUGAUUUUCAAGGUGGAAGAGAAUCCUGAUCUGAUUACCUCAAACAAUAUUUUGGCUGAUCCUUGGGGAAGGAUACUUACGUCAAAUUUUGCUGUGUAUAUGCCACUGACGACGGAGAACCCUCCCCCUCCCCCAUUAUAAUCUAUUUUGUGGUCUUUUAUAGAUCCCAUCUAAGUGACUUUUAAGUAAAUAUUUUUGUCACUAUUCCAACUUAGUCACUUUCUGUUUAUGCAUCAGGCUUAGAAAGCCUUUUAAGUAGUUCAUCCUAAAAUGAAUUGUUUGACCAUGAAUCUUCCCAUUUUUAAAUCCCUAAGAACCAUAAGUUAUCUUAACCCCAAAAUCCUGAAAAAGUGCAACCCCAUUAUAGGAACGGUAUUGAAACUGCAAACCCAUUAUAGUAAAUCCAGUUGUAAAAAUGCAAGCCUUCCAGUGGUACAUCCUCAUGAGUCUAUUACCACGAGGUACCCCCUUGGAACUGGUCCUCAUAAAUAUCAUUGGCUUGAGAUAAGAUGCAGUUUAACUGGAACUUCUCUUCAUUGUAACUUAUAGGUGGUGUUAUUCUACCAAAAAUUGACAGAACUUCUGGAGAACUGUAAAGUGUGCAGAGGGCUUUACAAAUUAGUGCCAAUUUCAGGAGAAGAUUCAAAUGAGAUUUCAAAGGUCCUAAUGGAGUGCAAAGACCAGAACCGGGACAGCUCUCAACAAAAUAAUGCUAAUUCAGUGUAAUCAAAAACUCAGUCUGUAACACUGUAUACAUAAAUUACUGAUAUUUCACAGGACCUGCAAUAUAAUAAAUGAAGUAUUACUUUAGAGAUGCAUGUAGGACCGAGGAGCCUUUCAAGGAGCAAAAAUGUUCAUUAGAAAUUUUGAUCUAAAUCUUGUGGCUCAAACUUUUAUUUCACCCAUAAUAGAUACCACUUGAUGUUGAUCAAGGAUUCAAACAUUGUUUUUUAGAGAUGAUAGGAAAGAGAUGCUCCUCAUCUCAUAGAUUUAUGUUGAUUGUAUUGUGAACACACUCAAAGGCAGAACCUUUCAAUUGUGUUAGUGGAGAAGUUUACAGCCUAAUGUAUUUUACCCUUUCCUAUAGCUUAGCAGAUUACACAGUUUGUAGCAAGCCCUUUAUGGGAUGGUAAACAUGAACAGAGGUUUAUAAAACAUGCUG